AUGUUCAUCUGGAAUUGGACACGCCAUCGCCAAUUCGCCAAAAAGGGUUAUCAAGUUAUUGCUGGUGCUAGAAGACCCGAGUUGAUGGAUGAUUUAAUAACUCACGGAAUCAAAACUGUCAAAUUAGAUGUCACGAGUGUAGACGACGUUCAAUCAUUGAAGGACUUAAUUGAAACCGAAUAUGAUGGUAAAGUCAAAUACUUAUUCAACAAUGCUGGUCAAUCAUGCCAAUCCCCUGGAGCUGAAGUCACAGAUGACCAAAUGGUGAAAUGCUUCGAAGUUAAUGUUUAUGGAUGUAUAAGACUCACUAGAGAGUUAAUGGAAUUCAUCAUCAAGACCAAAGGUACCAUUGGUUUCACCGGAAGUAUUGCAGGUAUUUCUCAUUUCCCAUUUCUUUCUGUAUAUUCUGCUAGUAAAGCCGCUAUUCAUGCGUAUGCCAACUCUUUGGCUUUUGAAUUAGAACCUUCUGGUGUCAAGGUUAUCAAUGUAGUGACUGGAGCUGUCGCUACCGGGAUUUCAGAUGAUACACCACUUCCUCCUGAUUCUAGGUACCAAGCUGAAGGUAUCAAAGAAGUAUUGGAGAAGAGAGAAGAAAUGAUAAAUUCCGAUUCGAUGUCACCUAAAGAUUACGGAUUAAGUGUCAUACGUGAUUUUGAAAAUUCAAAAUUGGGUGUUGUUGACUAUUACGAAGGAAAAAGUGCCGGUUUAGUAAGAGCUAUGGUAUGCCUUCCUAGAUUUUUGAUGAAACAGAUUUUGGUCCCAACGUUUGGUAUUGGUAAGUUAUGGGGUACUCUUGAAAAGAAGUACUCAGAGGCUUGA